UGGGCUCAGAGACACCGAAUGCCGGGAAAUUUUGAUAAAGCGGAACAUCUUCGGGACAAACAAAAAGGAAAAGAAGGAAAAAGUUAUACUUUUUCUGCUUCUAGUUUCUACCAGACGUAAACUGCCGUCGGUUCGCUAAAGACUUGUUCCCAGUCCAGUGGUUACCUCCCUGCGUACCAUUUCACCGCCGUUUCGAGCAUGGAUCUCACAAAUGAUAAUAUGAAUGAAUGCUUUGACGAUGACAACAAAGAGUUUCAUCAAAACCUGCCGGAACAAACGCCGACCGUGUCCGCUGAAGAUUACGACCUCGGCAGCCAAGAUUUCGAUUCAUGCAUGUCGCCGCGAGCAGAUGUGCGUCCAGUAGAACCUGAAGAUGUUGGCGCCGGUGCCUUUUCGUUCCAGAGGCCGGACGAAUGUGAUGAUGAAGCUGAGCCUGAAGAGGAACUUGAAGGUUUCGAUGGUGGAGAUGCCUCGUCCGAGAUGUCAUCUGAACGCCUUGGCAGCCGGUUGUGCAAAAUGGUUGAGUCUACGGAUGAUGAUAUGCGCAAGUUGUUUCAGAAGAAUGAGGAGAGCGUUCUAGGCUUGACAACACUUCGAGAUCUUGUGUUGGAACAUGAACAACAGCUAGGGCAGAGAAUUGAGCACGGCAAAAGGAUGCUGCUUGACACCCUGGGGAAGUAUUCAGAGGAGAGUGAGUAGUGGAGUCAUCGACAGCAAACUUUGUUUUUGCAGCAUUCUGUGAAGGACACACCAUAUUAUUGUCAUGGGUGGCGCCAAUGCACAGCAUUGCACAUUUUGUUUUGGUGCUAGAUCAAGUACCUCUGCAAGUUUUUAGCUGGCCAUUUACAUGCGGAUACCUUGAAUACUUGGAGUUAAUAAAGAAGUCUUACCUCAA